AUGUCUACCACAACUACCCCGUCCAAGCCCAACCGCAUCACCCCGGAAGAGCAGCUUCAAUUCCUCCUCAGCUGCAUCCGCCACUCUAACAGCGGCAAGAUUGACUUCACCGUCGUCGCACAAGAAUGCAAUAUUAUCACCAAGGCCGCUGCAGCCAAGCGCUACGAACGCCUCCUGAAAUCACACGGCAUCAACACCUCAGGCGGCCCGCUCUCCUCUGCCAACAACACGCCCGCUAAGAAACGGACCGGGGCUAGUACCAGCACUACUACCGCUACGGAGAGCACGACUCCAUCCACACCUACUAAGGGCAGAAAGCGCAAGGCCGAUGGCAUCAGCGAUGCAUCGAAGAAAGCCAAGGGGCUGAAGAAGAUGGCUGUCGCUAGGGCUGAGAAGUUGAUGCAGAAGAAGCAGCAUGCUGGUGUUGGGAUCAAGAAGGAGGAAGACGAUGAUGAGACUGAGGAGGAUGAGGAGGUGAGGGCGGCUUUGUGGGAGGAGGGACUCUCUGAUCGGGUUUGUGCUGAUGGUGAAGAGUUGGCUGUGAAGGAGGAGGAGGCUGUGGAUGAUGAGGAGGGGGUUGAGGGUAGUGAUGUGGAGGUGGAUGAGGCUUGA